UUCUCACUACCGAUAGGCCUUUAAAAUCAUCUGACUCCUAGCAGCCAAUCGAAGUUUACAGGAGAGAGUGAGCCAAUGUUUCCGGAAGAGAAGUUGCUUGUGUUCCGAGAAUAACCUUAUACAGAUAACGGAACAACAAUGUCUGGCCUCUGGAAACAUAUGCCUCAGGAAAUUCUUGCAAUUAUUUUUUAUCACCUGUCUUUGAAUGACAGAUUUGUAGUAUCACAAGUGUGCCAGUUGUGGGCAAUUGCGAUGGCAUCAAGUCCUGUUUGGCACUACACAGAAAUCAGACUGGUAUCUGACAAAGACUUGCUGUUACUGGAAGGACUACGCCAGUAUGUAGGUCAAAUUAAACAUCUGAAGCUUGUGUUUAACCAAUCUAAGGAGACAAACCGUAUGAAAGUUAUAGAGAUUUUUGACUGUUUAUGUAAGGAGAGCUGCAAACUGGAGAGCUUGAAUAUUGUUUGCUGUGGAGAAAACCCAUUUUUUUAUUCAGGCCCGGAGAUCUUGACGAGUAUUGCUAAUUUGUGCAGAGACAGUCCGAUAGACCUGCAUCAUGUUGAUUUCCGGAACGUUCCAUUUACUCUCACUGAUGAUUUUGUUAGAUGCAUUGCUACUAGCAGCCCAAACUUGCGGAGCUUAUAUAUCAACAAUGGCACACUGGUUUGCAAAAUCUCUACCAGUGCCAUUAAAGAGGUUUUGGAGGUUUGUCCUAAAUUAUGUGUUCUUGGUGCUUUUUACUGUUCUUUGAAUGAAGAUGUUUUUAAGGACAUAAUGAAGCCUCACAGGCCCCCAUUUAAUUGCCUAGAUCUUUUCUGUGAACGUAUGGACAAGCAUAUCUUAGCAAUCUCUGAUGAGGUUUGGAGAGACCUUCGCUGCCGACAUCCCUCUCUUCAUGUCAAUAUGGCAUUUGAUCACACUAUCCCUGCCCGUAAAAUUCCACAUAUUUUAAAACCAAGCAUUCCUGUCGAUACGUUGCAGCUCAAUACGUUUAAUGAAAUGAUGAAUGAAAUUAGAUUUGUAAGCAGCCAUUAUUCACAGACAUUGCAGAAGUUUGUGAUACAGACCACUUCCUCUAGUGAACUAGAUUCUGCUCUAAUUGACUUGGCUGGCAAGUGUAGUCGGCUUGAGGAGGUUCACUGCUACUGUGUGGUAAAGCAAGAAGUGAUCCAAGCUUUUCUAACUUGUUGUCCUCAUUUGAAAAAAUAUACCCUAAAGGUAAUCAAAGAGAAGCAUCCUUGGAAGCCAACUUUACGAUAAUCCAUUUGACUCUGCAGUGAAUGAAGUUUCACAGUUGCUCAAUUUACAGGGUUCCUUAAAUAAGAAACAUAUAGCUUAUAUUUAAAUACACUGUGCAUGCUUUGAUCAAAUUUGAAAAUAGAAUUGGUAACAUUUACAACAUAAAUUUCUAUAUGGAAUGCAAAGCACUUUACCUCUAUCAGAUUGGUUUAAAAUGGACCGUUUUGUGAUUGCACUUAGCACUUACAUAGUGUAUUGGGGUUUACAGCUAGGGAUGUGUUAACUUCAGAACUUGGUUAGGGAUAUAUCUGAAUUAUUGUAUUUUUGUAGGCUUAUGAUUACUUGGCAAAGACUUAUGAGGAAUUGUCUUCUCACAAAGAGCAUUAAAGGGGUGGUUCACCAUCAGUUUAACUUUUAGUAUGGCCUUUUAGUAUGACCAGGGCUGCCACCCAAGGGGCCCCUGCCCCCCUCCCCCGCAGGGCCCCUGUCACCUGCCUGAACCCCUCUGCCGAGCAUGCUUAUCAGCACCUUGGCGUAGAGUGAUCUGCAGCCUGUGGAGCUCCAGCAGGGAUUGAGUCUGACCCUGGGUUCUUUCAGUUUAAUAAAAGCAAGUGUAACUUAAAAUUCAGAAUAUGGUAAUAUACAAGAGACUUUGGCCAUGCCUCUGUAAUAAUUAAGCUUGUGUUGGAGGCCCCCAACUGUCUGUGGCUCCUCAGGGGUGGCUGGUGAGCAUUCUUAGGAAUCUACUGUAGUCCUUGAGCCACUAGACCAGCAGAAUAGCAGAUACAGUGGAAAUGGUUAGAGCAGAUGGCAAGAAUCUGAAUUCGAAAACAAACAAAAGGAGAGGAGUCCUCUACGACUAAUGUUAAGUAGUUCCAUAAAAAUUGUCUUUCCUUACUUUUUGUUGUACUUGCUGAGGGGCAGGUUAUCCUGUUUUUAACAUGAGUUCAAUAAUAAGGGUUGUUGUGAAAAUAGUUUUUGCGUAUUCAGUUAUUAGGAAAUAUCAACGGGUUUUAAUUAUUUGUUGCACUUAACAGGGCACUUAAGAGUCAUUGCAAUUUCCUGGCUAUAACUAGCUGUUUAAAGGAAAACUACCCCCAGAAUGAAUACUUAACCAACAGAUAGUUUUUAUCAUAAUAAGUGGCCUAUUAAAGAAUCUUACCAUACUGAAAUAUAUACUGUAUAUAUCAGUAAAUAUUAUCUUUUGACAUUAAAAUUCGAGAUUAGAGCUCAUCACGCCUAUAAUGAACUCUAUGUAAUUCAGGGCUUUCUGUAUAACAAGUUUCUGAUUAAGGGAUCCCAUACUUGAAUUUGAAUAUUCAUAAUAUAUUGUUGUGUGUUUUCAUGUUUUUAAAUGUCUAAUAACGUUUUUUUUUUUAAAUUGUAACACUAAUUUUUUUUUAAGCAUGUAGUUCAUUAACCUCUCUAAUAAAACGGUAUGCCAUUACAAGCCAUAUCAUCCUA